AUGUCGAAGGCCGUUUAUGCGAAGAUCUGGAUGAGCACGAGGUUCUUCAACCUCCGAAGGAGAUACGGUUGUAUCCAAGUUUGCGGACGCCUGAGCCCUUGGCUGUGUGUCUGGUCCUUCUACUGCGUCUCGCUUGUCUUCCCAGCCCUCAGCAACGAAAACAAAAAAUUAUUAACGUUCGGAAUUUGGAAAGAAAAUGACGUUGGAUAUAAUAAGUGUGCUCCCCAACCAUACGAGUGA